GGAGUUUUGUUUGGCAACCCAGAUAUGAGUAGAAAUAAAUCAACUUCAUUGAGAUGAGUACUAUUGAGGGUUCUUCCGUUCUGAAAUCAGCUCAACACUCUGGGAGAAGAGUCUAUAUGUUGCUUGCUGUGGCAUUUUCAGUGUUGUGUGUCCUACACUUCAUUCUCAAUAUCUACACAUUUCUAGUCACCUACUUAACCUCUGGAGAGAAUCUACUGAAUACCAGGUAUGACAACCUGACUAAUGAGAGAGACCAGCUUCAGACCAGCUGCAUCAACUUGACUAAAUCGACAUGUUUUCAACACUGGAUAAAGUCUGGCUCUGGUUGUUACUACAUUUUCACUGACUAUAAAACUUGGACUGACAGCAGACAGGACUGUCUGGAUAGAGGAGGAGACCUGGUGAUCAUAAACAGCAGGGAGGAACAGGAAUUUAUCACAAGACUUGGCUACAAAGUCUGGAUUGGUCUGACUGACAGAGACGUUGAGGGAACCUGGAGAUGGGUGAAUGGUUCACCACUGACCACCAGUUACUGGAUCAACGAGGAGCCAAAUGAUGCUGGAGGAACUGAGGACUGUGCUGAGAUUAGAAUGACUGAAAGUGAACCGUUUGGGGCUUGGAAUGAUGCUCCAUGUCAAAUCCCAAAACGUUGGAUCUGUGAGAGGACGAUGCACUGUAGAAAGUAACUCUAAAAAGUUUUACUAACUAAUAUGUCAGCAAGGAGUAUUAUCAGUUAAUGUUUUUGAGUAUUUCUAACAAUGUCCGUAAAUAUCACUUUAUUAAUGCUCUACUAAUAGAAAAUGUGUAAUGUUUUAUCAAAACAGUGGGGCAAAUAGACAUUCAAUAAGACAAGGUAAAUGAAUAAAAUAGUGUGUAGUACCAAGAUUUAUUUCAGCAGUUUGUAUUAUUAACAACUCUUCUUCCAACGAGGAAUGAGUACUGUACCUGGAUUGACCUGAGGGACACUGGAGAUUGGUGAACAAUACACCAUCGUCCACAGGUUGCUUUAUUGUGAUAGAUAACAAUCAGCACCACCUGUUUCCCACAAAGACAAGGGCACAGGAUUCCUCCAUUCGGCCACACAUUAUUCAUUACCGUAGAUUAGACACUGUAUAACCUAAUGACUAUCUUUAACUAGUACAUUUAUUAACAACAGAACACAAGAA